AUGCGUUUCUUAUCCGUUGUCCCCUUUGUUGGAGCAGCGCUGGCCGCCUGCAACGGCCAUGAUGAUCUCUGCGACCGCAAGUAUUCGGACAUUAGUUUUGUGGGUUCACAUAACAGUGCCUUCGUCGGUAUCACGCCGGUACACAACCAAUACAAGUCGGUGACGGAGCAGCUUGAUCUCGGUGUGCGGUUCCUGCAAGCGCAGACGCAAGACAAGGAUGGCGAGAUAGAGAUGUGCCACACCUAUUGCUGGGAACUGGACGAGGGUCCCUUGACGCAAUAUCUCCAGGAAGUUGCCGACUGGAUGGGCAAGAACCCAGAUGAGGUGGUGACGAUGCUCCUCACCAACAUUGACGCCAUAUCCGUGACGAUGUUUGACGACGCCUUCGACAGUACGGGGCUGAAACAAUACGUUUUCCACCCUGAGAAGAAAAUGGCUCUCGACGAAUGGCCAACUCUUCAAAAGCUCUUGGAUGAUGGAACCCGACUUAUCGUAUUCAUGGACUACAACAUGGACGAAAGCAAGGUUGACUAUAUUAUCAACGAAUUUGACUACUUCUGGGAGACGCCAUUUGGCGAAACCGACUCCGACUUCCCGACCUGCGAGGUCGACCGUCCAGAAAACGGCGACCCGAGCGAACUGAUGGGCAUAAUGAACCACAUGCUCAACUAUGAUCUUCUCGGCAUCGCAGUCCCAAAGCAAGAAGCCGCCGACGAAACCAAUUCGGAGGAGUCGAUUCAGAAGCAGGUCGACCUGUGUGAGGGCCAGUGGGGGGAGAAACCCAACGUUGUUCUUUUGGAUUGGAUUAAUAUUGGAGAUGCGAUUGACAUGCAAGUGUCACUGAAUGGGCUGUAA